AUGUCACAAGCGUACAUGAACUUUCUACAUAAGAGUUUGCCAGAAGUGCUGGCGAAGCAGAAGUCAUUGCACAGGAUUCUCGAUGAAGUCGCGUCGUUGACGGAGAUGAUGAGGAAUGUACAACCACUCCCCAUAACACAAAUGCACCUGUCAGAUCUAUUUAGUCAGAUACCAUUUGUCGCAGACCACGAACAUUUACCAUUCGUUAAAAUGUCACAAGCGUACAUGAACUUUCUACAUAAGAGUUUGCCAGAAGUGCUGGCGAAGCAGAAGUCAUUGCACAGGAUUCUCGAUGAAGUCGCGUCGUUGACGGAGAUGAUGAGGAAUGUACAACCACUCCCCAUAACACAAAUGCACCUGUCAGAUCUAUUUAGUCAGGCAAUUCUUGAAAAUCCCGAAGCAGCACCAUUAAACGCCAAUAUUGGAUUACAUUAUUUUAAUAUAGAAGAGGAUUCUACUAAAUACACAUCCCUAGUGCCCACAAGCAAAUUCAACGUAUACAAGUUGAAUUUAUCAAGCAUUUAUUGUGUCAAAUUAUUUGCGUAG